AUGGCCCAGCCCGAUCACGGUCAACCUUCCGAAGAAGAAUCAGAUAACUCUUGUGAUCACAACUUUAGCUGGACCUCACUCCACUCGGACACUUCCGAUGGCUAUUUCACGACGGUUAAGAAACGCCAAACUCAGAACGAAGCAGUAUCGGAUCCUGCAUUGGAGAAAGCUGUCCAUUUCCUCCUAUCUGAUAACGAUCUAAUUUUAGCUUGUGAGCUUGGUGACAAUGAUCUAAUUGAAAAGUUAAUCAGAGAGGGUGUAAACGUAAAUCUGAGGGAUCCGAUCGGUAGAACUGCACUGCAUUUUGCAGUGCACAAUGGUAACAUUAGGGCUAUCAAAAUGCUGCUUGAAGCAGGAGCGAGUACAACUGUAAUGGAUAAUGUCGGUCUGACCCCACUUCAAAUAUGCAUCAUGAGGAGGCCAUCUGUGGAAAUUGCAAAGCUUUUAUUUAGCUACGGAGCUGUCAUUUUACCUCGGGUAAAACCUCUGAGCACAGGAUUAUUUUUACAAUUUACCAUGAUGUGUAUUCCAACACCAGAAGAGACUGAACUUCUUGCUUUGCUCCUUGAAAAAGGGGCCUUGAUCAACGAUCCUAAUGUACCAGGUGGUCGAUCAGUGUUACAUUUCGCUGCUAUGAGCAAUAAUUGCAAGCUCAUUCAGGUCUUAAUCGAACUUGGAGCCGAUAUUUUUGCCAAAAACCACAGGGGUGAGACCCCUUACGAUGUUGCUGUAACUUUUAAGUGUAAAGAAGCAAUGAACUGUUUAAAGGAUCACAUGAAUCUUAGUCCAAGCAAAAGCUGA